AAAUGGGACAACUCAGAUAUGGAUUUUUCCCUCCAAAGUUCGUCAAUUGUUUCUUAGCACUUCCGUAUACGCCGAGGAGAGGCGGAGUAAAACCCUAAAAAUCUAAACUUAGUUCACCACCCAUCGGCAAUCUCUCUCUCUACACAUAUAUAUCUGUGCAAUUUCCGGCGACGCCAUGGCUGGAUUUCCAAUCGAAGACGGAUUUCCGGCGGAGAGGUUGUUCAAGGAACGCUAUUCGUACACCUACGAUGACGUCAUCUUCCUCCCACACUACAUCGACUUCCCAGCCGACUCAGUCCAACUCGCCACCAAACUCACCCGCAACCUCAACCUCUCUAUCCCCUGCGUCGCUUCUCCCAUGGACACCGUCACCGAGUCGUCGAUGGCUGUUGCAAUGGCCGCUCUCGGCGGAAUCGGCAUCGUCCACUCCAACAACACUUCCUCCGAACAAGCCUCCUUGGUCCGACAUGCCAAAUCUCAUCGAAUCCCCUUCGUCUCCGAUCCAAUCUUCAUGUCACCGUCCGAUUCAAUCGAUUCCGCCGACGAUUUCGCUUCGUCACCGUUCAUUCUCGUCACCGAGUCGGGUACGAGGAAAUCCAAGUUGUUAGGCGUGGUCACGAAGUCUGAUUGGGAGGCCCUGAACGGUAAGGAAGCUAAGGUUUGUGAUUAUAUGUUAAAAUCACCUGUAACUGUACCGUCGAGCUAUGAUUUCGAGCAAGUUGCUACCUUUUUAGCGGCUAAGAAGCUCGAAUUCGUGCCGUUGGUGAGUGAAAAAGACGGGGAGGUGGUGGAUGUGGUGACUGCCGCCGACGUGGAAAGGAUCCGUGGGUUUCCUGCGGCGUUGGGGCUGCCGUCACUUGGAGCUGAUGGGAAGUUCAUGGUGGGGGCGGCGAUUGGGACGAGGGAAACGGAUAAGGAGAGGUUGGAGCAUUUGGUGAAGGCGGGUGCAAAUGUGGUGGUGUUGGAUAGUUCUCAAGGGAAUUCGAGUUACCAGAUUGAGAUGAUUAAGUACGUGAAGAAGACAUACCCCGAGUUGGAUGUGAUUGGUGGGAAUGUCGUGACAAUGGACCAGGCGCGGAAUUUGAUACAAGCCGGAGUUGAUGGGUUGAGAGUUGGGAUGGGGUCUGGGUCAAUUUGCACCACACAGGAGGUGUGUGCAGUGGGGCGAGGACAGGCGACUGCAGUUUACAAGGUUUCAUCCAUUGCUGGGCAAAGUGGUGUGCCUGUCAUUGCGGAUGGAGGCAUUUCAAACUCUGGACACAUUGUCAAGGCUUUGGUUCUUGGGGCGUCAACUGUAAUGAUGGGAAGCUUCUUAGCUGGAAGCAAUGAAGCUCCGGGAGCUUAUGAAUAUCAGGGGGGUCUCCGGAUCAAGAAAUACCGAGGAAUGGGCUCUCUAGAAGCAAUGACAAAAGGGAGCGACGUGCGAUACUUAGGUGAUAAAGCCAAGUUAAAGAUUGCUCAGGGAGUUGUUGGAGCAGUUGCAGAUAAAGGUUCUGUCUUGAAGUUUAUACCUUACACGAUGCAAGCAGUAAAACAGGGGCUCCAGGACCUUGGUUCUUCCUCCUUGCAAUCUGCUCAUGACCUGUUAGGUUCCGGGGUACUAAGGCUAGAGGUUCGUACCGGGGCGGCACAAGUUGAAGGCGGAGUGCAUGGGCUGGUUUCUUACGAAAAGAAAUAUUUCUAACAUCCCAAGCCCUUUGCAUUGAAUGCCACAACUGCUCUUCUGCUGGUACCCAAUCUAUUCGUAGUUCGAAUUUUUGGUUAAUAUGAUCAAAAUUAGCUGAAGUCCAUCACUGAGGCAAGGAACUUGCUAAUUUUAUCACGAGCUUAGGCAAAAUCCAUUAGUAUUUCAUGGAAAUCAAGAUUAUGCACCUCUAUAUAUCUCAAGUUUGUGGUUGCUGAUUAUAGGACCAUCUGUCUGGCCUUGUUACUUUUUGUUUGGAUGUACAAUAAAGCUGGGAAAGGAAUUGUAUUAAGUUAUAACUGAUUCUCAUGUUCUGUUUUGAUCUGAACUAUAAUAAUAUCUGAGAGUAAAAGUUAUCAA